AAGAAGAAGAAGAAGAAUGCGCAUGUUGAGGAGCAAAAAGAGACGAUUGAAAGGAAGGAAGCAAAGAUGAGGGUUUCCACGAGUCACCUGCAGCAGCUCACCAUCUUCACCACCCUGCUGACCGGAGGAGGGAUGGGCACCAUGUACUACCUUCAGCAGAAGAGAUUCAGUGAGUCGGACUAUCACCAAAUGGCUCUACAGAAAUUAGAAGAUUGUCCGGUUGCCAUGGAGAGCCUGGGGGCCCCGCCUUUAAAAGUCCACAACAUCCAUCUAACUGACAGACAUAACCGAGUAGACCUGCACGCUUCACAGAUAAAGAUUCCUGUGACCGGGUCCAAAAACGGAGGUUAUCUGUACACUUCUUCAAUCAGAGAUUCUGACACCAACAGGUGGAGACUGAAACAGGCAGUUCUGAGGCUCCGAGAAGGACAGACCAUCGACCUGCUGAGUCCUCCAUCAGCUGCAGACGACACACAGGGCCUGGACACAGGCCACUGGCAAUGACUGAAUCUAAAAAGGACACUCAGUACGAUUACAUGCAGUUAGAAGAAAAUGAUUUAUUUUGUAUUUUUGUAUUACUUUUGAAAUUGUAAUAAAAUUUCUCUAAGUUACACUAACACACCUAGAUCCCGCUUUUGGGGGUUGAUACUCUACAUGUAAACACCUCAUUAGGACCCAAACUAGACUAUUCAUUCUGAGCAUGCUCCUCAGUUCCUGCGCCAGGCUUUGAUCUAAAAGUCUUGCAGCAUAAAUGCUUAACACAGCAAAUGUCACCUUUUCAUCAAUCCAUCAAUCAAUCAAUCUUUAUUUGUAUAGCGUCAAUUCAUAAUAAGUGUUAUCUCGAUACACUUUACAAAAAGCAGGUAAAACACCAUCUGUCUUCGGAUAUCACCUUAAGUUGGGAUAGCGUGCUCACAUUUGAACCAUAAAGUGUGGAGUAUAUAGGAAAUGUACAGAUGUGUAGACUUGUGCGUGUAAACGUACCGAGUGAGAGAAGAAGACAUCCUGUGUUGAGGUCUAAUUCACCUCAUGAUGCAGGUGUAUAUACUAAAGGACAUUUCUUUGACCUCUGCAGCAUUUUGGAGUGUGAGCAGGUACUCAUGAUGCUCCUUUUACAAACACUCAUCUGAAUUGUCUAUUAAAUUAUUUGAUUCUGA